AUGCGCCCUUUGUUACAGUCGGAUGGGCGACACCAGGCCCCCAAGAUCCAUUCUUCUCGACCCUCCCCCGAACUCGCCGCAGGAGCAGACGGAAGCAUGACGGUGGCCCGCGGCGAGGGCUCCCCCGAGCGGCUCGGCGGCGCUCUGCGCAGACUCCACUACAAGGCGACGCGGCGCGCCCACUCGGCCGCCGCCCGUCACCACGGCACCACCACGCCCUCCAAGGUACGUCAGUUUCGCAUUUUCAGGAACCACACGCACGAAACAUCCACGUUGAUGACUCCGUGGCGCAGUUGCCAAGGUAUUGGCUUCGACGUCAGGGGUCGUGGGUUCGAUUCCCACACGGCACAAAAGUCUUUCCGAUCGGCU